GACAACUACUCAUCAUGAAACUGAAUUAAAAAAUAAUUAUAUAUAUCACAAAUGCACCCAAAAAAUCAAACUAUAUGUGGGAUUCUUAGUAUAUAAAUGUGACAUAGAAAGUGCCUUAAUUUGUACCUCAAAAACAAUUCUUCACUCUCUCUCUCUCUCUCUUUGUUCUUCUUAUUCUUCACAAGACAAAAAAAAUGCCGGGAAUCGCUUUCGGCCGAUUCGAUGACUCGUUCAGCUUCGCCUCAAUCAAGGCGUACAUCGCUGAGUUCAUCUCCACCAUGCUCUUCGUCUUCGCCGGCGUCGGCUCCGCCAUCGCUUACAAUAAGUUGACGUCGGAUGCCGCCCUCGACCCGGCGGGGCUGGUGGCGGUGGCAAUCGCCCACGGAUUCGCUCUCUUCGUAGCAGUUUCCAUCGGCGCCAACAUCUCCGGCGGCCACGUCAACCCCGCCGUCACCUUCGGAUUGGCCGUCGGCGGGCAGAUCACCAUCCUCACCGGGAUCUUCUAUUGGAUCGCUCAACUCUUGGGCGCCAUUGUCGCCUCUUUCUUGCUCUCCGUCGUUACCGGCGGUUUGGCAAUCCCAACUCACGGGUUGGCCGCCGGCGUGGGAGCCGUCCAAGGAGUCGUGAUGGAGAUAAUCAUCACGUUUGCAUUGGUGUACACCGUGUACGCCACCGCAGCAGAUCCCAAGAAGGGCUCAUUGGGCACAAUUGCGCCAAUUGCAAUUGGGUUCAUUGUGGGGGCCAAUAUUUUGGCGGCCGGCCCGUUCUCCGGCGGAUCCAUGAACCCGGCCCGAUCCUUCGGCCCGGCCGUGGCGAGCGGUGACUACGCCGGGAACUGGGUGUAUUGGGUGGGCCCGCUCAUCGGCGGCGGCCUGGCCGGGGCGGUGUACAGCAAUGUGUUCAUGCACCAUGAGCAUGCACCACUUUCUACCGAUUUCUAAGUCUGUACAAUUUGUUGGAUGAUUGAGUUCCGGUUUGUUUGAAGACCAAAAUGCAAAAUCCAUUUCUCUUUUCCUUUUUUACUUGUUGAAUUGCUUUGAAUGUCGAAAAUCCCUUUUAAUUUCUUGGUGAAAUGUUAAUUGCAUGCUUUCUCGAAUGAUUCCAUGGAUUUGGUUUUAUGGUCCCAA